AUGAAGGAAGAGAGUGACUGGACGUCUCAACCUGUGCUGAAGAACACAAACACAGUUACUGUGACUGAUCUGAGAGCAGAUACUGAGUACCAGAUGAAAUAUGCAGCAGUGGGAAAACUCAACUAUACUGUAGACAGUGAUGUCAUCACAGUUACCACUGAGGGAAGUACAAGGAACAGAGCGGUCACAAAAGAUCAAGCAUCAAAUACUGAAUAUGGCAAAACACACACACUGGGCAACAUGGACCCAACAAAAAGAAAAGAAAGGCUUACCAAAAAAAGUGGUGAGCUUGGAGUAGAAGAUAAAAAAUACCAGUUUGAAGAAAUGGCAAAGAGAAAAAGAGACAAAGCAGAACAAAUCAUUGGUCGACUUCUUCCUAUAGAGAAGAAACUUCAAAAACUGACACCUGUAGAUUGUCUUGAAGUAACAGCAGACUUGCCAAAAUUCCUUGAACCUUGUGGAGAAAAGGACCUAGUCCAGGUUUUCCUGAAAAGAGUACUGAUGAUGAAUUACACUGCAAGAUGCAUUACUGUUGAAAAAGGAACAAGUGAGCAAGAUCGCACACAGCAAAAAAGGCAGAAUUGGGAUGAAGAUGCUGAUGCUUUUUAUUAUAUUUAUACACAAACUUCAAAAUGUGCUGAUGCAAGCAGAAAAUCUGACCACAUUCACCCGAUGGAUGUUCAGAUGGCCGUGUUUCAUUGUGCUGAUAGUUUCCUGAAGCAGCUGAUGGUGACUAAACUGUCUCAGUGUCAGUAUGCUCUGCCUCUGCUUGUACCUGAUCCAUUCACACAACACAUUGAGUUUCCUCUCUGGACAUUCAGACAAAUCAACAAGAGCUGGAAGACAUUUGAUGAUAAAGGUAAAAUCAUCAGUAAAGUCCAGUCAGUCUGUAAGGCAGAAACUCCAAUGGUGUGUUUCUUCAGGUUUGGCUCAGUGUCCUCAUCCAAGUCUCAGCUGAUGAACAGUCUGAUCAAUGAGAAACACAACACGUUCUUCCACAGGAACUGCCCAGGCAGCAGCAGAACCAGAGUACUGAUGGAUGGAGUGGUGGAGAUCGCCUGGUACUGCCCGUCUGGAAAAGAUAAAGAUAAAUUCACUGACUGUGUUGCGUUCUGUAAUCUACAUGGAGAUGCAGGAGACCAUGAGAAACAGCUGCAGAUCCUCACUGAAAUGUCCUCAGUCAAUGUUGUUAUUCUGCCACAGCUUGACAGAAAUGACAAAAACAUGAUCAAAGUUCAAAAACUCUUUAAAGACUCAAAGCCAUUCAUUUGCCUUCUUACUGAUGAUGACUCAUCUCUCAUUGAGAUGCGGACAGGAAAAUACAAAAUAGGUUUGAAAGACAGAAAUCAGUCUGAUAUAGCUGAAGAAAUCAGAAGAGCUAUAAAUGAUUGUCUCUCAUCUUCAGAAUCAUCUUCCAUUUUCAGACUUGAAGAUGUGUCCAAACACUCAGAUAUCAGAGUAGAUGAAGAUGAUGAUGAAGACUGCAGGAGAGGAAAAGAAGCAGCACAGCAGAUGGUGAGAUUACUGGAGAAUAAAGAUCUGACAAAAAUCAAAGAAUCAUUUCUGACCUGUCAGGGAAAACUGUGGCAUCAGUGGUGUCAGAAGAACAAAGAACUACAUCGACCUCAAGCAAAUGAACUACAAAGCGAAAUUUGUAGAAAACAUACAGAAAUAAAGAAAAUCCGUGAGCUGCAACAUGAAUCUGACAUUAGUGAUUUUAUUAAGUGCUUUAUCAAAGAAAUGAACUCAUGUGCUGCAAAAGAGAAAAUCUAUUUUCUUAAAUGGCUCACAAUCCUUCUGGAUGAAUUUACCUCAACUGACCUUUCUGCUCUACAUCACAAGUAUAAUAAAACAUGGUUAACAGUCUUAAAACUGAAAGAGAACAAUCAGCAAUCAAUGGCAACAAAUUUGACAGAUGAACAAACAGAACUUGACAGGAUUUCAAAAGAGAUUCAAGCUUCAGUGUUUGGUUUGGAGCACAUCCUGAGAGAGAUCGGUCAGAUCUAUGAAUCAUGUUCAUCUGUGAAGAAGAACAAGGAAGGUCUGCAGUUUCACUUCUCUUCUCUCCCGAGUCUUGCAGCAGAGAUGAUGAUCUCUGGAUUUCCUCUGGAGCUGAUGGAUGGAGAUGCUGCUCAUGUUCCUGUGAUCUGGAUCUCUGCUGUUCUAGAUGAACUCAAGGAGAAACUGGGAGACCAGAGAGUGUUUGUGCUGUCAGUUUUAGGGGUUCAGAGCUCUGGGAAAUCCACCAUGUUGAAUGCCAUGUUUGGACUGCAGUUUGCCGUCAGUGCUGGCAGGUGCACCAGAGGAGCUUUCAUGCAGCUGGUCAGAGUGUCAGAGGAGAUGAAAGAACAGCUGAAGUUUGACUAUAUUCUGGUGGUUGAUACUGAGGGACUUCGUGCUCUAGAACUGGCUGGAAGAUCAACGAGACAUCAUGACAAUGAACUGGCCACAUUUGUUGUGGGUCUUGGGCAUCUGACAUUGAUCAACAUCUUUGGAGAAAACUCCUCUGAGAUGCAGGACACUCUUCAGAUUGUUGUUCAGGCCUUCCUGAGGAUGAAGAUGGUCAGACUGAAUCCCAGCUGCAUGUUUGUGCAUCAGAAUGUUUCAGACGUCACAGCUGGAGAGAAAAACAUGGAGGGAAGGAGACGACUGCUGAAAUUACUGGAUGAAAUGACAAAACUUGCUGCAGAAGAAGAAGUCUUUGAUGCAGAAAGAUUCAGUGAUGUCAUUUAUUUUGAUGUACAGAAGGAUGUGAAGUAUUUUGCACACCUCUGGGAGGGCAGCCCACCCAUGGCACCACCAAACCCAAACUACUGUGAAAAUAUUCAAGAUCUAAAGAAAACUAUUCUUUCUCAUGCCUCAAAAUCAGAUGGCAUGAUGUUGACAGACCUGAAAGAUUGUAUUCAAGAUCUCUGGGAAGCUUUACUGAAUGAACGAUUUGUGUUCAGCUUCAGAAAUUCUCUGGAGAUUUCAACAUACAGGAAACUGGAGACAGAAUACAGCAAGUGGUCCUGGAGUCUCCGGAGUGCCAUGCUGGAAAUUGAAAACAAGCUACACAACAAAAUAGAAAAUGAAGCAAUUCAUGAGGUUGAUGAAGCACAUCUUCAAAGAGAACUUCAAGAAAAUCGAGAUGAAGUUAAAAAAUUAAUGUCAGAAUUCUUUGAGAAAGACAAAUUUAAAGAUAUACUGAUUCAGUGGAAAACUUCAUUUGAAAUAAAAAUUGAAGAUGUUCAGGAAAACAUCGUGAGAGAAACAAAGAGGAAAUUAGGUAAAGUUCUUCAACAGCGAGAACUGAAGAAAGAGAUUGAUGCUCAGAGGACACAUCAUGAAAACACUCUGUUUGAAAAGAGCAAAACACUCGCCUUAACACUCAAAGACAAAGCAAAUGAUGAAGAAACACUGAAGAAAGAGUUUGAUUGCUUUUGGAAACAGAGUGUGAAGAAGAUCAUCAGAGACACUCCUCAAAUCAAAGACAUUGACAUAUUAAGAGAUGUGAAACAACUCCUGAGUGACAUCUAUGAAAGUGCUCCUGUAGACAACAGAAAAGUGAGCAGUGAGAAAAGGGAUAUUUUAUUCUUGUCAAAUUAUUCAGAUUAUGUACAGUUAAAGAAAUGCAGUGGAUUAUUGAACAAAGCUGUGACAACAUGGAAAGAGAAAUGUGGCAAUACUCUCGCUAAGGAGGAUGAAGCCCAGAUACAAGUCUUAAUCACAGAUAUUGCUCAGGAGACAGAUAAAAUGAUCCAGUCAUUUAACAUUUCAAAGAUGGGCUACAACAUCAGCUACAUUCAACAAUUUAUAGAUUACAUCAAGGCAAGAUUAAUAAAACAUCAGGAAGGACCUGUGAAAUAUGUGUUCAUGAAUGAAUUCUUCAUGGAUUUGGUGUUUUCUAUCUGUAAGAGAUCAAACAAGACAUUCACUGACCAACACAGACUGUUCAGAGAAGCCAAUGAUCCAGUUUUCUAUGUUGAGCAGAAAAGAAAUGAAUAUUACAGUAUUUUCCAGAAAUAUUGUAAAGGAGCAACAUCAGCUGCUGUUUUUGGUGAGAUCAUCUGUCAGAAACUGAAAGAUCCCAUUGAACAGAGUGUCUACAAGAACAUUGCCAGAGAUUUAGCAGAUGAAAUGAGAACAAACUGUGAAUCACUGAAUGGAAACAGAUCAAAACUGGAGAAACACAUCCUGAAGACACUGGCAGAAGAGGAGAACUUUGACAAAUACAUGAACUACAUUCAGGAUCCCAAAGAUCACUUCAAGAGUUUCAUCAGAGCUGAAGUCAGUCAGUACAUCACUGAUAAGUUCAGUGUCAGUGUUCGGCCCAAGAUGAUGAAGAACCUCAAACUCCUUCAGCAGAAGAUCAUGAACGCAGCUCAUGAAUCUACUGAACAUGUUCAAGUGAACAGUGGAGAUGUUGAAGCAGCUCAUGAAUCUACUGAAUAUGUUCAAGUGAACAGUGGAGAUGUUGAUUUGUGGUUGAAGUGUUUCACACAGAAGCUCUCAGAUGUGCUGAUAUUCUCUGAAAAACACCUCAGUGGAGUGAGUCGUGAUAAUGUUGAUAUCAAACUACUAGAAUAUGUGAUAAGAAAAGAACUUUCUUAUGUGAUGUCUGACAUAAGUAGACAAUUCAGUACAAUAACUUUUCCAGUGAAGUUGGACUGUGAAUACAGACCAGAUGAGAUUCUGAUUGAUCACUUCUGUCAGUGCUGUUGGGUUCAGUGUCCUUUCUGUAAUGCCAUCUGCACCAACACAAUAGAAGGUCAUGAUGAAGAUCACAGUGUUCCUUUUCACAGAAUGGAUGGAAUCAAUGGUUGGUAUUACAGAACAACAAAAAUUCUCAGCACUGAUUUUUGUACCACUUUAGUCGCAAGUGAAAAAUGUUUUUAUACCUCAGAUCAGAAAUUCCCAUAUAAAAAAUAUAGAUUAGCAGGAGGGGAUUAUGCAAAGUGGAGCAUCACUCCUGACCUCUCUCAGCUGUCGUAUUGGAAGUGGUUUGUGUGCAGAUUUCAGAAUCAUCUGGGAAAGCACUACAAAAAGACAUUUGAGGGGAGCGGAAUGAAGAUUCCAAAUGAAUGGAAAAAAUGCACAAAAGAGGAAGCUAUCAUUUGCUUGGAUAAAAUACAUUUGAAUUAAGUUUCUGUCCCUACAUUUACAAACUCAGAACACACGAACUUGGAAUAUUGCAGGUUAAAUAAAGAUUAUAUCCAUACACAACAUCUGUAACAUACCAAAGAAAGUAACUUGUCCAGCAGUUGCACAUGUUCCCCUCUUAGGUGGGGCAACAAUAAAAAUAGGGAGGGGCAGGUUGUUCUGUCACAUGCCAUGCCAACAUGUCAGAUAUACCUGACAAUAUAUAAAAUAUUGAAAUUUAAAAAUAUAUAUAUAUCUAUAUAAUUUAUUUUCAAAAAUGUUUAUGUACUUUUGUUUUGAAGCGCUUCAUUUUUCAUUGUGCUUUGAGUGGGUUAUCUAAUAAUCUAUGCAUCAUAUUACUUUGUGUUUGGGCUCGCCCCCUCUUAUGCUCUAUUUAGUUUCUGGGACAUUAUAAGUGAAAAUUCGGCAUAUAAACAAAACAUGUUUACAUGUAAUAUGUUUGUCAUAUAGGCUGGUUGUAUACUAUGAGAGCUUUUCAACAACAUAUGGCACAUGGCUAUUGGAUAAUUUUUACCAAUUGCAAUAAUAAGUACAGUGCAAAAUCAUCAAUAAAUAAUCAAAACGGGACACUUCUGAUUUGUCUGCCAAUUUCAAAGGACUUGUUCAGUUUUGGUCAUAAUGCAUACAUGCAUUGUAAAGUAGAGCUUUUAAGAUU